GUAGAUAUAAAAGUGGCUCCUGGAUCUCAUGCGGAUGAAGACUCAGUUAACAAGCAGUUGAAUGAUAAAGAACGGGUUGCUGCUGCCAUGGAGAACCCGAAUCUUCGCCAGCUUGUUGAUGAGUGCCUCUAUUCGAGUGAGCUUUAAAAGAACUAGUAUGUUUUCAUUUCCUAACAAACUGUAUAGUCGGUCUACCUAGCUUUAACAAAUGCCAUCUGGACAUGGGGAUAUGUCUACGAGAUUCAAACACGCUGAAACAAGGAGCAGUGAUCAAUCUGUAAUUCAAGCAAGUCUACUUGCAAUGUGCCUUGAGGCCGACGAACGUAUGUAAGAUGCUUUCCAUGUGAGUAAACACUAGAUGGAAGCUACCUUUAAAAGUUUGUAAAAUUUACCUAGUGACAAUGGUGCCUGUUCUUUGUGUGGGCAAAAUUUGUAGAAUAUGACAAUGCAUCGGCAAUUAUUUACGAUAUACUUAGAGGCGGUGCCAUGAUUUGAAGUUUAUGGAUUCAAGAUUUUAGUUUUUUUAA